AUGUUUUUAGAAGAAUUGAAAGUACAAAUUAUUGAAAAUGGCGGUCGUUAUUUGUAUCAACAAGAUUUACCAUUUGGUACAAAAGAAGAAGAAGGAAAUAAAAUUCGAAUAUUUUUGAAAGAGAAAUAUAUAUUGAAAUCAGGAGGAUUUGCUAGUCGAGAGUAUAAAUAUGGUGAUCAAAAGGAUAAGAUUAGUGGAAUCUUAGAUGAAACUUUGAAAAAUACUGAGUAUAUUAAUGAUAAAGAAUCGAUUCAGUCUAAACUGGCAGGUUUACAAGGAGAUAUUCGUGCUUAUGAAGAAGGUUUGAAAGCAAACUUGAAAGACUUUAUAGAUCUUGAGAAUGAGGAAAUAGUUCCAAGUGAAUUGAAUUUUUUCCGAGGAUUUGGUCUUGAUAAAUUUUUGAUUAUUGAAGAAGAUAAAUCAUGGUGGGAUUGGCGCGCUUUUGCCGUUGCCAUGAUAGGUGUGGCACAAGUAAUUGGAGGAGCAGCGUUAGUAGCAUUCGGUUGUGUUAAUAUAGGAAAUGCUCUUAUUGCCGAAGGUAUAUCGGAUAUGAUUUAUGCAACAAUGGCAGGAUUGUCAGGUACAUUUAGUUGGAAGGAUUGGGCUAUACAAAAGUCAAUUAGCUUUACUAUUUCCUUAGCGACUGCUGGUAUAGCUACAUUAGCAUCUCUAGGCAAUGUUGCAUCUAAACUUGGUGCAAUAUCUAAAUCGGCAAUAUUUGUACAAUUAGUAAAACAAGCUGCUUAUCAAUUUGUAACUACAUGUGCUACGAACAUUUUGACAGAAAAAGUUAUGCAAGAAAUUCAAGAAAAUGUAAUAAAAACAGUCGUCAAUGGUAUAGAAGAAAAACUUUUGAAAGGAGUGCAUAAGGUAAUAGAUGAAAAAGUAGAAAAACUUUAUGCUACUUGUCAUACCGAUAGAGAUUUUGAAGAGGCUUUCAAAAACAUGGAAACGAGUGUAGGUAUGGCACUCGGAAAAAGUGUUAUAUUACCGGAACAGUUUAAUAAUAUUCGCAUACAAGUUGCAUCUUCGUUGAAAAGAACUUACGAACAAUUUGGAGAUACUCUACUAAAGUCAAGUUCGAAAUAUGCUAAACUGGCUGGUGCCACUGUAAAAUCAGUAGUUCUAGUUGAUAAGAUUUGGAGUACAAUCGAACCGAUUUUAAAGUUGGCCUCAAUAAUAACUACUUUUACUAACAUAAUUGAUAAUGCAGUAAAAUUAGAAAAUGUUGGUAAUCAUAGAAAUAUAAAUUCUACUAAAAUUAAAGAUCGAGCGGCUCAGUUGAAGAAUAUGAUAAACGCAUAUAUAACCAAAACAUUGACAAGAGAAUUAGAUAAACUAGUAAGACAAGUGGUCAGUACGGGAGUAAAUCAAAUAGCAAAGGGAGCGACAUAUAUCGUUAAGACAUUAGUCGAAUCAGAGUUUAAUGGUAAGAAUCCAAUUGAUACGCUGAGAAAAUCUAAUCAAAAUGAAAGAGAUGGUCAAAAAAGUCAAAUUAUUGAAGAGCAACCGUCACCAAAAACUGAUUCUAGAAAAGAUGAAUCAGAUCAAAAGAGAAGAGAGAACUUGCAAAAUGAUAUAACGAACCCAAAAGAAAUCAUUUCGAAUUACGCAGAUGAAAUCAAAGAUAAAAAUCGACCUUUGGGUCUUGCUGAUAUAAAAAUGCUCGCGGAUAAAAAAAUGAGAAACAUAGUUGUAUAUGAUGAAACUACAAAAAAAAAGCAUUUAAUCAGCCCUCCUGGAUGGAAAAAAAUUCCUGCUUUUUUUAAACAAUCAGCAAAAAUAAUCUACGCAGCAGGUAAAGGUGGAGAUGUUGGACAUUUCACCAAUGCUCUAGCUCCGGAAAGUUUUAAACAAGUCAAUGGACGUAAAGAUUGUCUGUUAAUUGCUUACAAAGAAUCGCUUGGUUAUGAAGCGAAUGAUGAGAUGAUAGAAAAAGAUCGAGAAAAAUUAUAUCAAUUUACAGCUCGAUAUUCAAAUCGAUACGCUAGAAUUAGAAGUGAAAAUGAUGCACGUGGAUACAAUGCGAUGCUAGGUGCCGGAGCUCCAAUGAAACGUAAUCUUUUUGAAAAAGACGAGAUCCGAUUAGAGGGAGAUAGAAAGCGUGACCACUCAUUGAACAGUGAUGGAACAUACAGAACAAAAGGGCAUGAAACGUCACGUAUCGAAGAAGAAUUCGGAGUCAAGAUUAGCGGUAAAACACACGAAUACGAACAUGGAGUUUCUUAUCGAGCGUCAGCUGCUGAUGCUGAUCCCGAAUUAGAAAUGUCUAGAGACCGCGGUAUUGGUGGGCGACUUGAGCGUGCUGGACCAGCUUAUGUGGAAGUUAAACAAGCACAUAGAGAUCAUAUCAGUACAAAUAACACUAUUGCUGCUGCUGAAUUUGCUAAAACAGUAGGCGUCGCCUUGAAAGAAGACAAUAGCCCGAGUAAUGCAUUGCAGAUGAGUUUAGUAGAGUAUGCUCAUACACCUAGUUUUGUUAGGAGUGUAGGAACUCAAGGCAAUGACAUUGCCAAUGAUUCGUAUGUACACAUGAUAAUGAGCAUCGACGGUAUACCUGUUAUGGAAGGUAAAUCAAUACGUCUUAUUCCUAUGGACAUCCCACAGAAAAAGGAAUGCAUCGUAUCACGAUGGAUAAUAGUUAACCAACGAUAUCCAACCGAACAUGAGACUAAAAACAUCAUAGAAUCGACCUUUAACAAGUAUGGUCAUAAAUUGAAAAAAUAA